AGGAGGAGAUCAGAAAAAGGUCUUGCUUUCACGGUGUUUAGCGAAGCUGAACUUGUACAAGCCACAAACAACUAAGAUAAGAGCAGAAUAAUUGGAAAGGGUGGCCAUGGAAUAGUCUACAAAGGGAUAGUUAAGGGCAGCAUGCCGGUUGCGAUUAAGCGGUGUGCACUUAUCGACGAAAGGCAAAAGAAGGAAUUUGGACAAGAAAUGCUAAUACUCUCCCAGAUAAACCACAAGAAUAUUGUCAAACUUGUGGGUUGCUGCCUUGAGGUGGAAGUUCCAAUGUUAGUCUAUGAAUUCAUCCCAAAUGGCACCCUGUUUGAACUUAUCCAUGGCAAGAACCAAGCAUUACAAAUCUCAUUCAGCACCUUAUUAAGGAUUGCUCAUGAAGCAGCUGAAGGUCUCAAUUUCCUACACUCGUACACAUCUCCUCCAAUCAUCCAUGGUGAUGUGAAGACUGCCAAUAUUCUUUUAGAUGAAAACUACAUGGCCAAAGUGUCAGAUUUUGGAGCCUCCAUACUAGCCCCAUCCGACAAAGAGCAAUAUGUCACAAUGGUUCAAGGUACUUGUGGCUACCUGGAUCUUGAAUACAUGCUAACAUGCCAACUGACAGAGAAAAGCGACGUCUUUAGCUUUGGUGUUAUCCUUCUAGUGGUCCUCACAGGCCAAGAACCUCUGAAGUUGAAUGGGCCUGAAACGGAAAGAAGCCUGUCGUCAAAUUUCCUGUCCGCUAUGAAGGAGAACAAUCUUGAUGCGGUCUUGCCGAUCCAUGUAAAGGGGCAAGAGAGCAACGAAUUGAUCAGAGGCCUCGCGGAGCUAGCCAAGCACUACCUGGACAUGUGUGGCAGCAACAGACCGUCGAUGAAGGAAAUCGCCGAUGAGCUCGGUAGGUUGAGGAAGCUUUCACUGCAUCCUUGGGUACAAAUAGAUGCUGAGAUGGAGACUCAAAGCCUUCUCGGUGGAGCAUCGACUGCUAGCUUUCAGAAAGAAGGUGCUGCCUCUGGGUAUCCUACACAAGAAGGCGAGAACCUGCCCAUGAACCCAAGCAGUUCGUACUAUGCGAGGUGAUGGUAGCAUAUGCCCUAGUGAACUGUAGUCCAUCGAAACCUCUACAUGCUGGGGCAUUUGCGAGUUAGUAGUUGGUCUCCAAUCUAUAUAUUG